UGAGGAAGAGCCCUGACUGACUCUGGGCCUAUGGCAACCCUAUAGGCCUGGCAAACAAUGGCAGCACAUCCGGGUCCUUCCCUCCCUAUCUCCCCAGCCGCCACGUCACACCGUUCCAAGCGGAGGCGGCAGGCAGAGCGAGGCCUUCGUCUUCCUCCUCCUCCUGGUCUCUGAGACAGAGGCCAUGGCGGAGCUCUACGUCAAGCCCGGGAACCGUCAGAGGGGCUGGAACGACCCCCCUCAGUUCUCCUACGGCCUCCAGCAGCAGCAGCAGCUCCAGGCGCCCAGGGCCAAGAAGGGCGCCCCGCCCAGGCCUCCCCCGGCCCCAGAGGCGGCAGAAGGGGCGCAGAAGAGGACCACCACCACCACCACCAGCAGCCCCUCCACUGCAGCAGGGCCCCCUCGGCCCCCUCCAAGCCCAGCUGGGCUGCCAGUCUUCCCCCCGCGCCCUGCGGGUCUGCCUUCUACUCCUGGUCUGCCAGCUCCUUCUCUUGUCUCAGAGGCUGAAGAAGACUGUGAUGUGGAAGACGUUCUUUCCCCUUUGAAUGAGGCUCUGGGUAACUGCCGGAAAACUGUGCGGGUUUGUGAUGAUAUUGGCAAGCGCUUGUCAAUUCUGCAGCAGAUGUGGGAACAAGGCAAACUGUCUGCUCCUGUGAGAAAGGGAAUGAGGAUUCUGACACAAGAAUUCAAGAGUCAGCGCUGGGAUGCUGCUGAUGAGAUCCAUCGCUCGCUAAUGGUGGACCAUGUCACUGAAGUGAGCCAGUGGAUGGUGGGAGUCAAAAGGCUCAUUGCAGAAACAAGGAACUUGCCUACAGAGGAUCAAGCCACAGCAGAUUAUGAGCAGAAAGUUGAAACCUCUUUGGAGCCAGAAUGUCAGCAAGAUGAAGCUGAGCCCAGGGUCUUAGCUGUAUCAAACUGAACCUCAAUUUGGAGACAGCUUUGCACAUUAAGGAUUGAUUUCCUACCCACAGCGGAGAAGGUGCUCUGUCUGCUAAGCACUGGUUUUCCUACUCGUUAGUUUUGCUGAGCAAAACUACACAAAGGAGACUCUUUCAAGUGAGCUACAGGAAUCUCUGCAGUUUUUCAGCAUCCACAGUGGUGCAGGAUGAAAAGGCCAACUUCUCUUGCACUUAUUCAAAAUGGAAAUGAACUGGGGACAUAGCUGCAGAGAUAAAUGGAGCCUUACUGUACCACACUGGCAAAUGUGUUAAGUUUAUACAUGCUACUAGUACAGAAGCCUGUCCCUGCUUCACCUUGCCACACUCCAAGUAAAUACGAGUUGCUCCUGGUGACAAUUGUCUACCUAGAAUCCUUUACUCAAAUUUGUGUGUUUUCAAGGAAAUCUGUCCUCUAUGAAUGUCGUCAUCAGUUCCCAGAUAAUUGUUAUGUACCACUGGUGUCUGUUUAAAUUUUUAUUCUGCCCUCUACUAAUUUAAACAAAUCUAAAUUUUACUAAAAUGGCUACAUUAUAGAGAAAUCUGCUUCCAUCUUAUUUUGCAAUACUAAAGUAGACUUUAAAUUUAAUUGUGUUUAAACCUUUUACUCCACACACACACCCCUUACAACUAGUUGAUAUCUUUCUCAUGCCUUUGUGACAACAAACUGAAUUUGGACAGUGACAACUGCAGUGAGCCAUCCAAGAAUAAAAGAAUAGGACUCUUUUGUAAGCUGGUGAUAAAUGGUAUAGAUUUAUUUAUUUUAAAACAACCUUCAUGAACAGUUCGGCAAAGUGACCUGCUGUUAGCACGCCUUUUUACUGUCUUGAGCAAGUGGCUAUAUGCAACACCGCUGAUGUGAUCUCCCCUAGAUUCUGAUAUUUCAAGUAGGAAAUAUUAAAAAUUGCAAGUUUGUACUGUUGGCGUUACUAAUUAGUGGAAUCCGGCUGCUGUGAUGAUACUAGCCUUUGUGGUUUAACAUUGUAUGUAUAAGGCAUGCUAAAACAAGUCCCCAGAUCUUAACACAAAUAGGAUUCUGACAGUGUGCACUAAUGUGCAAGAGAAAAGUAUAUCUGAAGUAGGAUCUAGCUAAGUUUCAAUUUCCCUGUAUGAUUGGUUGGGUUACACUGGGGCCCUGCCAUUUCAUUACACUAUUAGAAGAAUUAUACGUAUCAGUGAUUCCUUCUUCAGAUGCCCACAGCUACUGUUUGUUAAGCUUUGUGUGAUAAACGGAAUUUGCAAAACAUCC